AUGGAAUUGCCUGAUAUCAAGCCCUUCUUGGUUACCUAUAAUGAUAAUAUAGCGGGACCGGGCUGGAUUGUUAUGCUACGUCGGGUUGAUGGCAGUGUGGACUUUGAGAAGGACAUGAGCAGCUAUGUUGAGGGAUUUGGUGAAAUACAACGAGAUUUUUGGCUUGGACUGGACAAACUGCAUAGACUAACAGUAAAUCAGCGACAUGAGCUAUAUAUUCACAUUGUUGAUUAUGAAGACGAGACCCAUUUCGCCAGAUAUGACCACUUUAUUGUCGGAUCAAAAGAUGAAGAGUAUCGUCUGAAGUCUCUUGGCAAAUAUUUUGGCAAUGCUGGCGAUAUGAUGCGUAUUAGCGAAAAGAUGAGUUUCUGGGUUUGUCCAAAAUUCAAAAAUGGUUGGUGGGACUUACAGAAAGGCAUACCACACGGGUAA